AUGCGGUUCUCGAUAUCACGGCCCUUGGCGGCCCUCGCGACCAUCGCAGUCCUGGUAUCGCCCGUCUUUGGCGAACAGAAGCUGGCGUCCAAGGCCCUUAAAACAUGUCAGGAAAACUCGGGCUUCUCGGCCAGUCUGUUCAACGUCGUUUAUACCCCGGAAACUGGCAGGGCCAAUGUCGACAUUGUUGCCCUCUCGUCCAUCCAAGGAAACAUCAUCUUCGAUGUCGCCAUCUCGGCCUACGGCUAUGAAAUCAUUACCGCCCAAUUCGACCCUUGCGAAUCUGGAUUGCUUGGUUUGUGUCCUAUGACGGCCGGCAAAAUUCCUCUCAACUUCUCCCUCCCCGUCGACAAGGACGCCGUUUCGCAGAUUCCCGACAUCGCCUACAACUUUCCCGAUAUCGAUGCCAAAGUACGAGUCAGAAUCAACAUGACAGAUGAAGAGGAUGUUAGUCAAUCGGUCGCUUGUGUCGAAGCUGAAAUUUCCAACGGAAAGACCGUCGACUUGGCCGGUGUCAAAUGGGCUACCGCCAUCGUUGCUGCCUUCGCCUUGACUUCAUCUGCCUUCGUUUCCGGCCUCGGUCACCACAACGCCGCCUCUCAUGUCGCCGCCAACGCCCUUUCUCUCUUUGGUUAUUUCCAGGCCCAGGCCAUGCUCGGACUUACCGCUGUUCGUCUACCGCCUGCCGUCAUGGGAUGGACCCAGGAUUUCCAGUGGAGCAUGGGCAUCAUCAAGAUCAAUUUUAUGCAGGACAUUUUUACCUGGUAUCAACGUGCGACUGGCGGCACUCCCUCGAUGCUCUUCGACUCCAUGGCGUCAGUUUCUGUUCAAGUUCAAAAGCGUGCGCUGGACAUUGCGGAUUUCGGCGCGGAAACGUUCAGACAGAAACCGGCACCUACGUCGUGUAUGGCAUCCAGCGUGCGGCUUUACCGUGCCUCUAUUGAAUCCACCAACCUGUUCAUGACGUGCUUGGUCUUCUUCUGCGUCCUCGUCGUUAUCACCAUCCUUUGCGUUGCCGGCUGGAAAGCAUACUGCGAAUUGGCCGCACAGAAGGGCUGGAUGAAGCACGACACCUUCCUCGACUUCCGAAACGGCUGGUUCACCGUUCUCAAGGGCAUUCUCUUCAGAAUUACGCUUAUCGGCUUCCCCGCCAUGACCGUCAUGUGUAUGUGGGAGUUCACCCAGAAGGAUUCGCCUGCUGAGGUUGUGCUGGCCCUCUUUUUCUUCUUGGGUAUGGUUGGUACACUGGGCUGGGCCGCAUUCAAGGUUACCAGAAUCGCGCGCCGCUCCGUUGUCAUGCACCAAAACCCGGCCUACAUCCUCUUUUCCGACCCUCAAGCGUUGAACAAAUGGGGUUUCCUCUACGUUCAGUUCCGAGCUUCGGCCUACUACUUCAUUAUCCCUGUUCUUGGCUAUACCAUUGUCAAGGAAACAAACUGGUUCAAUAUUGCUAUUUGCGUUAUGAACUUUAUCAACGCCAUCUUCCUGCUGAUGUUCACCGAAGUCUUCAACCAGCCACCGCUCGUCACUGGUGUCAUCGGCCUCAUCUUGUGGAUUUCCAACUCCAUCUUCUCUCUGGUUUACCUGCUGAUGCUCAUCUGCUCUACGAUCUUUGUGUUCUUCCGCGAGAAUCCCGAUAGUCGUUACCAGUACAUGGCCGAUGACAGGACGUCCUUCAUGAAGUCCCAGACUCACCUUACGACAACCACCGAGCUGGAUGCGCUGGCAGCAACCGCUCGCGGAGACAAGUCCGGGUUUAAGGGACUCGACCUCGAUGACGAUGCGGAAUCCAUGUCUUCGGAUUCACUUCGUCGUCAAACCGAACUCCAGCCCGGCAUGCCAGCUGGUGGAGCUGGUUUGCACUUCACCAAUGCUCCCCCGAGGUCUCCGGUUGACCCUGCGAUGCCGUUAUUCCCCUCGGAAGGCCGCAACACGCCAGGUCCUCAGUAUGGAGAGAAGCCAGGUGUGAACUUUGAUCAUCGGGCACCGUCACCAAGUCCAUAUGGCGGCCCACAAGGUGGUAACGCCAGCCUCACGCCACAGUACAGGGCUCUCAAUAACGCGAGCCCGUGGCAACGAGGUGCCGGCUAUGAGCAUUAA